AUGGCGUCCGCCGUCUUAGCUAGUGGUAAUGACUCGAGCUGGGGCCAAUCUACGGUCUCUGGAUUCAUGGGAAAGCUCCCUUACUCCAAUCCUCAUCUAAAAAAUCCUAACCCUAAACCUAUAUCUAACCCCAAGAAGAAGCAGAAAUUCAACACAGCUAACGGCCGGCAUGUCGAGGAAUUGCCGGCGGUUACUCAGACGGCUUCGGAUGACGCGUAUUCGUUCAAUCAAAGAUCGGUUGAUGAAAUUAGCCGGAAUGGUUUCAAUCACGGCGGAUAUCUUAGCUUCAACAUCGCUUCGUGUACGAAAAGCGAGUUGAAUGAGCUAAAGAAGCGUUUGAUGACAGAGUUGGAACAGAUCCGGAACUUGAAUAAUCAAAUCGAGUCCGGACAACUCCAGCCCAGAUCUCAUGGUAAAAUCAAGAAAUUAAGUGGAAGCAAACGGCCGCUUCCGUUUGGUUCGAAUAAAAAUUCAAAGCGAUUUUGUCAAACAUCGGAAAUGGAGAACGGUCAUGUGAACGGGACUGAGGGUUUGAUGAAGAUGUGUAGGCAGGUGUUGACCAAAUUGAUGAAGCACAAGAAUAGUUGGGUAUUCAAUAAACCCGUGGAUGCUGAGGACUUGGGGCUUCAUGAUUACCAUCGGAUAAUUAAGCAGCCGAUGGAUCUAGGCACGGUGAAAGGGAAUUUGGUGAAGGGUUUGUAUGCUUCGCCGGCCGAUUUUGCGGCUGAUGUCAGAUUGACAUUCAAUAAUGCCAUGUUGUAUAAUCCUAAGACGGACGAAGUGCACGGCAUGGCCGAUCAGCUUCUUGCUUUGUUUGAGGAUAUGUUUAGAUCGAUUCAGGAUAAGUUUGGUGGAGGUCGAAAAGAAGAAGAUCGUGGCUUUGUUGGUGAUGAAUUGCAAGGUAGUUCUUGGAGUCACAUCCCAACGCCAGAAAGAGCAAACAAAUCGAAAACAAGCCCGAAACCACCAAUUUCGAAGAAAAAAGAGCGAUUUCAAAGUGGGUCUAGUGCCUCUAAUCAUUCAAACGCGCCACCAUUGAAUCCACCUCCGGUGCAAGUACCGGUGCUCACUUCAUCGCCUGUGCGAGAGCCCCCUGUUAAGCCGGCGGGGAUGAGAGGGGUAUUGUCGAAGCAGCCCAAGCCGAGAGCGAAGGAUCCGAAUAAAAGAGAGAUGAGUAUGGAGGAGAAGCAAAGGCUAGGAUUGGGGUUGCAGAAUUUGCCUCAAGAAAAGAUGCCACAGUUGGUGCAGAUUAUAAAGAAGAGGAAUGAGCAUUUGGCACAAGACGGAGAUGAAAUUGAGCUCGACAUUGAAGCUCUUGACACGGAGACUCUUUGGGAGCUUGAACGGUUUGUGACGAAUUGGAAGAAGUUGGUGAGCAAGAAUAAGAGACAGGCACUCAUGACAAAUAAUUUAGCUGGAGCCACAAUCCCAACUGCAGCUGAAUCGGAUAGGGGUCCAAUGAGUGAGAGAACUGAUAUGGCCAAGAAGCCCAAGAAAGGAGAAGCUGGGGAUGAGGAUGUGGACAUAGACGACGAUAUGCCCGCAACCAGCUUCCCACCAGUGGAGAUUGAGAAGGAUGAAGGUGUUUAUGAACAAAAUCAUGAUCAUGGUCGUGCCACUAGUAGUUCUAGCAGUUCCAGUAGCUCAGGCAGUGACUCAUCCUCUUCCAGUGAUUCAGAUUCAAGGAGUUCUUCUGGGAGCGACUCAGACGCUGAUGAUGCACAAUCAUGAAGUUGAAUUAAAGGAGUCUGCAAACUUGUGAACUGGAAGAUGAAACAAAAAAGUUUGAACUCUUACUCGUGUUAGGAGGGCAUUAAUGUAGGAAACUUACUGAUGAGGUAAUAGUCGAUUUCAACUAUGCUUGCCAAAUUUUGAUGAUGGGCUUCUUAAUGGGAAUGAGCUGAAAUUCUGAACUCUCUUUUGCAGAGUUUUUUGGAAAAGUUGUGGGACUUGUAGCUUAGGAUUGGGAAAAGGAAAGUGAAAGAUGGGGGAGCUGGUGGCUGGGUGAAGCAAAAGCUUAUAUAGGUACAGUACAUUGUAUGUAUGUGUGGGGGACCAAGUAUUCAGUUUGGGGAUGAAGUUGGUUAGAAGAAGGAAAUAUGUAGUUCAGAAGAGAUUGGAUCAAGGUUUAGUCAUGGUCCCCAGUUAGAAAAUGGGGAAAAGUUGAUAGUUGAGUGGAUACUGCUGUACAGAAUUACCACAUUAGUAAUGCAUGAGUUUCUUCAUGGAACAAACCUUUCCAGUGCAAUUCUGUUUGUCUUUCAUCAAGUGUGUUUUAACAUAACGGUAACAUAAGUGUAAAGAACUUUAGCACUCUCUUCUCAGUAUGCAAUAGGAUGGAAUUUGGAAGGCUCAUCUACCUGUUUGUUUCCUUUGCAUAGAUUUGGAUGGUUGAAGAGCUCUAACAAUGUAGUGUGGCUCGUG